AUACGUUUUAUUUUCCUUUCUAAGCAAUAUUUUAUGUUACCCACUCUGAGAUUUGUCAUUUACUUCCGUAAUUUAUUUAGAGCAGAAGUUAGUAAGUCAUUUAUACCUCAUUUCUCAGCAAUACUAUUGUUGGUGGGUUUUGGUUGGUAUGGCUGAUAAUUCGAAGCCACUAUAUAAGAAACCAUGCUCCCUUGUUCUUUUUCUCACACUUGCUAAAGAUCCCAUAGCCCCAAUACGUAGAGAAACUGCUUUAAGCUCCUUCAAAAUAACCAAAUGGAUUUACCGCACAAAGGAAUCCUCCAGAGUCCUGCUCUUGCCCAGUACUUAUACGAGACGAGUGUGUAUCCAAGAGAGCAUGAGCAGCUGAAGAAACUAAGGGAAGCCACCGUCAACAAGUACGGGAACUUGGCGGAGACGGCGGUGCCGGUAGAUGAAGGGAGGUUCCUGUCGUUGUUGGUGAAGAUAAUGAACCCUAAAAGGACGCUUGAGAUUGGUGUUUUCACCGGCUACUCCCUCCUCUCCACCGCCCUAGCCUUGCCCGACGAUGGCCUGAUAACAGCCAUUGACAUCAGUAGGGAGCAUUACGAAGUGGGCUUGCCCUGCAUCAAGGAAGCAGGCUUGGCCCAUAAAAUCAACUUCAUCGAGUCUCCAGCUACUCCGGCUCUGGACCAAUUGAUCCUAAACACCACCCACCAAGGGGAGGAAUUGUUUGAUUUUGCAUUCGUGGAUGCGGACAAAACAAGCUACAAGGAUUACCAUGAGCAAAUAGUGAAGCUAGUGAAGGUUGGAGGUGUGAUUGCCUAUGACAACACUCUUUGGUUUGGAUUUGUGGCGAAGGAGGAAGCUGAAGUUCCAGAACGCUUCAGAAAUGACAGGAAUGCCAUUCUUCAACUCAACAAGUUCUUGGCUUCGGAUCCUCGAGUUGAUGUUGCUCAGAUUUCUGUUGGUGAUGGCAUUACCUUAUGCAGGCGUAUCCAGUAAUGGAGGAUAAUAUUGGUUGACUUUGGGAAGGUGUUUUGAGAAUAAAAUUGAAAGAAAGCCUUGUUUGAGUUUGGCCUAUGCAAAAGCAGGAAAAAUAAAAAAAAAAGGAACAAAAGUAUGAGGAAGAUUUGCUUAUAAGAGAAGCAUAGAGAAAUAUGCAUUCUGGUGAAAGAGUGAUUUUUUCUCCUGCCCGUGAUAUGUUCAUGUUGGUUAAGAUAUAAAGGGCCAAUGCCAAG